UUAAUACUGAUUAGGCCAAUAGCUUGAGCAAAUAAGCUGGAAGUUCCUAUGGUUCAUUCUUUGGGAAAGGUCAUUCACCUCAUGUAAAUGGACCCACUAAAGAGGUGUGUUUUUUUUCCAGGGGCUGGAGUGAACCUCACCUGUUGGACUGGCCUUCAGACAUGACUCAGGAGCAGAAUGAAUCACAGCUCGUAGUGUACCAAGAGUAGGAGGAAAGGCAACCUUGUCACCGUGGUGAGGCACUAAAGACUGCUUGGAGGAGACAUCUUCAGACAGCAGGGCUUAAAGAAGAAAUGUAGCUUCCUCUCUGCUGGAACAGCGUGUUUCUGAGAUCUGCUCACUGAAGAAACACUGGUGAAGGCAUGAUCCACCCCAGCACACAUACAAAUAUGAAGCUUUUCUGGAUAAUCCCAUUUUUCCUGCUGCAAGCCAAUGCAGAGCAGGACAUGGAUGUCCCCACAGCCCUUGCCAGCACAGGCGUGUAUGAUCACACAGCAGAUGUAACCCUUGUGCUCGGUAUAGGCCAAGAGGAGCUGGAGGAGCUGCUCUGGUUCUUCCGCACAGAAGACUCAUCAACAUGGAAUUACUCCGUCCUUGCACUUUCCUUUGUGGCCAUGAUUUUGGGUCUUGUCCUUCUGGCCCUUAAUGUUACACGGAACAGGAAAAGGAAGAGCCACAUGUGCAGCACAGCAGGGCAGACAGCUCAGCAGGCGGAGCUGGAAGCCAAGCAAGCCCUGGUCCCUGUGGAGGAAUGCAGCCCGACUGAGCUGCGGAAGGAGGAUCCAGUGCCCCAGGAUCAGAGAUCAGGAGAAGUUGUGGUGCAGUGGAAGGAUGGGACCGUCACGUCUCUGUACACAGAGAAGUCUGAAGACACUCUGUAACAGCAGCUUUAGUCCAACCAUUCAGGCCCUAAGGAACGUAUCAGAAUGUCUUGAUUCAUAGUGAUGGGAGUUUAAAACCACAGUUUAGCCUGCAGAAACAAACAAGAAUAAAAAGCAGCAGCAGAGCUGCACCCCACAAGUGGCUCUGGACUUGCAAACCUGGGCCUCCCCGGUUCAGGUCCCCGCUGGCUGGUCUUUACCUGCUGCUCUCAGUGCCUCCAGCCUUCUCUACUGCACACUGCCUUCAUCCCCUGUUGCACCCAGGCUGGAGCUGAGCCGGGACAAAGGGCCGGAGGUGUGGGAAUACACCGUCAGCCAGGGAACACACUGUCCUGUCCCAUCAGGAAAACGCCACACGGACACGGAGGCACUUCUGUUCUUUUCAGAAAUAAUCUUUAUUAAAAUACUUUCCAAAGUGGUUGAUUGAAA